GCAGGCUCAGGGCAGCCCCUGACAAGAGCCCAGCCCAGCACUGCACAGCGCUGCCAGCACAGCCAUGGAGCAGUACUUCUCGGCCACGCAGAAGAUGGAGCGGGAGGUGAUGUUCCCCAGCCUGCUGCGAGGGGUCUUCCCACAGCAGGAGGGCACAGACCCAGAUGAGGGCGGCCACUGCGACCUCUACGAGCGCUACCAGCACCUCAAGGCCAUCAAGCCCAUGGUGGAGAAAGGCCUGGCCUCUGUCACCGACCAGGCCCAGAGCGGCAACGCCGCCGACGGCUCCUGCGAGGACGCCGACAGCACGGACGCCCAGCUGCAGGAGCGCCUGUCCCACCACCUGGCCGGCUUGCAGCAGGUCCUCACCCACCUCACCAGGGACACCAACGCCCUCACGCGCAGGUACAGCCAGAUCCUGGAGCAGAUCAGCCCCAGCGAGGGACAGCCCAGCUGGUGACCCUGCCCCGGCCAGCCGCCGCACCAGGGCACCGCUCCCGGCCCUCCCGGCACAGCCUUUGGGCUCCGGGCUCCGCGUGCCCACGCCGGGGCCGGCGGGACUCUCCCCGGCACGGGCCGCGGCCUGACGGACGGCUGCUGUUGCAGGACGAGCGCCGCCGGCCCCGAGGAGAAGACAUCCCCGUGGCUGCCCGGCCUGGGCUCUGCCCCGGCCCCUCGGCCCUCCCCGCGCCGCUCAGCCCAUCUCCCGGCGCGGGCAGCGCUGGCCGGCGCCGGCUGCCACCGCCCGCGAUGCCAUCGCACGGUGCCCGAUGCCGCUGGGAAGAAGCCCCCGCUCACGCCGGGAGCGCCACGGCAGCGGCUGCACGCCCCGGGGCUGCUCUUGAUUGUCCAAGAGCCGCACAGAGGCCCAGGGAGCGUGCGGGGGCCCCGGCCUGCCACGCUGCCCUGCGCCUGCACAGCCCUUGUCCAGCUGGUACCUGGACUGCCGGGGCACUGCCCCCCCUCUUUGCUAAUAAAACCGUC